GGUCUCGGAGCUGAUUUUGUGGCGGUCAUCCGAAAAUACUUGGAAGAUCUUAUUAAUGCUGGGCUUAGACAACGGUUGAUUUUGCUUAUAAAGGAACUCAACCGAGAAGAACCAGUUGGUUUGGGUGGGUCUAACUGUGAGCGCUAUGUUCUUGACUCAAGAGGUGCUCUUGUGGAACAACAAGCUGUGGUGGGUCUAAAGCUUACUGGACAAUAUGUUUGCUAUGGGCAAGUUGAUGUUAUUUUGUCGGUGG